AUGCCUUCUGUUGCCGAAAUUCGUCAACCUCCCUCCUCCAUGCUUCCGCCGUCCAAACGUGCCAAGAUGCAGUCCACUGCCUCCACGGCCGAAGCGGAAGCAGUAGCCGCCGACUCCACCUCCUACACCGAUGCCCCUGCUCUCCCCACCGACACCCAAACCAACAGACACAACGAAGUCGACGACCUCACUCCUCUCUCCGCCUGCACCUCCACCUUGCAAUACACCAACGGGAUCUUCCUCGCUCCCAUGGUCCGCAUCGGUACCCUCCCCACCCGUCUUCUCUCGCUCGAGUAUGGAGCUGAUCUCGUUUGGGGACCCGAGAUAGUCGAUCGUGCCAUUAUCGGUACUGAACGUCGUGUCAACUCCCAGACUGGCGUGAUAGAGUUCAUCAAAGACAACAAACAGAUCUUCUCAUGCCAUCCUAUCGAACGUCCCUACCUCGUAUACCAGCUCGGAUCGGCUAAUCCUGGUCUUGCGUAUGAGGCGAUCAAGACGAUCACGCAGGCAGACGACGUUGCAGCAGUAGACCUCAACUGCGGCUGUCCCAAGCCCUUCUCCACUCACGCUGGGAUGGGGGCGAACAUGCUCAGUACCCCUAUUCUCCUCUGCAAUACCUUGCGGGCUAUGCGCAGAGCUGCACCAGCUCAUGUUGCGGUUACGUGCAAGAUCCGACUCCUCCCGACCCAAGAAAAGACCAUCGAGCUUGUCGAUAGAAUCAUCCGCACAGGUGCUAUCGAAUGCCUUACCGUUCACUGUAGGACAAAAGAUAUGCGUCCUGGUGAACCGGCCCUCCUCCACCGACUUCGCGAGAUUGUAGACCACGUUAACACAGUAUCUGUUGAAAUGGGCAAGACCGUCCCAGUAGUAUGCAAUGGUGACGUAUGGGACGCUCUCACCGCGCCUCGCAUCAAAGAGUUGACGGGUGUCACUUCGACAAUGAUCGCACGUGGGGCGGAGGCUAACCCUUCCUGUUUCCGUCCGGAAGGAAGUUUGAGCAUCCCUGAAGUGAUUGCGCCAAAGUGGGUUAGGUAUGCAGUGGCAUUGAACAAUCCUAUGGGCAACACCAAGUAUUGUAUGUCUCAGUUGGCGUUCAAGCCUGCAGAUUCUGUCAAUAAGAAUGCGAACGGGGCGGGGAAGCAGAAGCCGAUGUCUAAGAAGCAGCUUUCGGUGCUGAGGACGGGUAUCUCGCAUGCUAAGUCUCAUGAUGAGCUCGCUGCUGUGUUCAAUAUCGACCCUGAACAGAUCAGGGCGAGGGACGUCGGGAAGGAGAUUCUGAACGAUCUCCGAACAGCCCUCGCUGAGCAAGAGACCAAGAAAAAGCUCAGUCACAGUGGAAGCAACUUCGAUGGCGAUCGAUUGGGUGCUGUGCUGUCUAACGCCGCUGCUGAUUCCGAAUCUGCUUCUGGGGCUGGGGCUGGAGAUGCUUCGCAAUCCGUUAACAACUCCUCUUCCUCGAACUCCGGUUCCGGUUCGAACCAGCAAACAACCGACGGCCACGCUUCAGGCGACAACCAAUCCAAAGCAACCUCCAACUCUCCCCAACCGGAAUGGAAGCAACUCCUAGCCUCUUCCAUCGGGGAAAACAUCAAAAACGAAAAAUCAAUCCUCUAUUACGCUUUCUCCACCGUCGAACCUCCCUCUUCCGUUCACGACCCAGCAAAACCUCACGUUCGAUACGUCGUUCACCGAGGAUUCGUUAACGAAAAGCGUGACGGUGAAGCUCCUGGUGGAAUCGCUCCUUUCAACCCCUCCUUCGCUUCAAGCCCCUGCUUGAUGACUACUACUGAUGUUCGCACGCCGAAAGUACAGCAAUUGACUGCGCAGAGCAGUUUGAGAGCACAGGGUGAAGAUGGUAGUCGAGGUGGAGAGUGCGAGAUUGCUUGGUGGAUCGAGUCGACACAGAUGCAGUUUAGGAUUUCGGGUACUGUGCAUGUUUUGCCUACCUCAGGUCAUCCUCUGAGGUCGCUUUUCCCAUUCGAGCGCCUGUCGCCACCUAGAAAUGCAGAUGCGAUGGAAGACGGAGAGACCAAGUUCGAUUGGGAUGGGGAAAGGAAAAGGAUCUUUGAGAAACUCAAUGCUGGUCUACUUGCUUCUUUCUGCCGCCUUACUCCAGGUACUGCUCAUCCCAACGCAGACAGACUGGGACAAGCUAAGCCGAAAGAUGACACGAGUUCUCCUUGGCCCCUAGAACUGCCUCAGCCAGGAAAGGAGGAGAAUGAUCAGCAGAAGAAACAGCUAGAGGAGAGCGAGAAAAACUUCGCACUCGUCGUGGUGGAACCCUACAAGGUGGAUCUGGUCAACUUGGCCGAGGACACAAGGACGAUCUAUGAGCUGGUGCCGGGUGAGAAUGCUGCUACUGGUAGGUGGACUGCUAGGAGGGUUGUUCCCUAG